AUGCCCCCAGCCUCCCCUUCCCCUCGCUCGCACGUCGUCCCGCACCGGCGCGCGACCACCCCACUCCGCCCCGUCCUCCUGCAGCGGCUGCUGCUUCCCUGCACGCGCGCGCACACGCCCGCUCCGCUCCCGCUCGCUCCGAAUCACGCGCGCCCCGGCCUCUCUCCCUCGCCGCUCCGCCUCGCAGACCGCGACCAGGCGCCGACGCUCCCCGCUGCCCCCGUGCUGCCUCGCCUGGCUUCGUUGCAGCCGCGCCGGCUGCUGCCUAGGACGCUCGCCGCCGCCCGGUCCGGACCCUGCCUCUGCUCGCCCACCGGCCCGCCCGUGCCGUCCGUGGCUUGCGCGUGGCCGCUCCCCUGCUUCCCCCUCGACGCGGACCCCACGAGCGUCCCGCCCGGCGCUCCCUGA